GGAGGAUUGUAGCAGAGAAAAUAGGACCACAAGACGAAAGGAUAUUGAUUGGAAUAAAGAGCGUGAAAACGGAGACAAAAGGCAGGAGGAACGAUGGACUUCGCCACGGCAGGAGGAGUGGACGGAAGGGGUAAAUCCACCGUACAUGCGCUGCUGGACUUGAAGGACUAUGUACUGGACAAAAGGAAGAGGAGGGAAAAGGUAGUUGCGAUUGCCCUCGACAUUAAGAAUGCCUUCAACUCCCUUAGCUGGGAUUCCAUUGUACGGACCUUAGAGGGGAUGGGGGUCCCGCCCUACCUCCAGGCGCUCAUCAAUUCUUAUUUAAGUAAUAGGAUAGGAAAGGUUGCGGUGGAGGAUGGAGAUUACAUCUUCGAGAUCUCGCCCAAUAAAACAGAGGCGAUAAUCUUUGGAAUGACGUCAACUAAUAAAGAAUGGACCCAGCAACCAAUCAAGGUUAAAGCAGACGUAAUUAAACCAAAGAAACACCUGAAAUACUUAGGUGUGCAGGAUUGCACAAAACUUAAGGGGCCCGAAAGUCAAAAAAAGGAUCAUGCUGGCCUCGGUGGUGACCUCCAUCUUCCUAUAUGCAGCCCCAGUCUGGGCAGACGAAGUGAUGAAAAGACAAAAAGAUUUAGUUAUAAUUAAUAGGAUUCAUAGAAAAUGUGCUCAGC